UUGAGGGAGAAAACAGAGAAGAAAGCUGGGUCAGCUUCUAUCCUGCUCCCGAUUUCAAACCGUGAAAGCCGACUCCAUCGUCGGCCAAUCCAUGGCGAGGAAUCACUUCAAGUACAUCAUCCUCGGCGGUGGCGUAGCAGCGGGUUAUGCGGCCAGGGAAUUCGUAAAGCAGGGGCUUAAAGCAGGAGAACUGGCGAUCAUCUCGAAGGAGGCGGUGGCUCCCUACGAACGUCCGGCACUAAGCAAGGCAUAUCUUUUUCCUCAAGGUGCCGCAAGGCUUCCAGGCUUUCACGUGUGUGUUGGAAGUGGAGGAGAGAGGCUUCUUCCACAAUGGUAUAUAGAAAAAGGCAUUGAUCUUAUACUAAGCACAGAGAUUGUAAAGGCAGAUCUUGCUUCUAAGAUUCUUACUAGUGCCAGUGGAGUAGCCUUCACCUAUGAAAUUUUGAUUAUUGCUACAGGUUCUGCAGCUAUAAAAUUAUCUGAUUUUGGUGUCCAAGGUGCAAAUGCUAAUAAUAUUUUCUACUUGAGAGAGAUUGAAGAUGCUGAUAAACUUGUAGAAGCAAUCCAAUCUAAAAGGAAUGGAAAGGCUGUGAUUGUUGGUGGUGGAUAUAUUGGCCUCGAAGUUAGUGCAGCAAUGAGAAUCAACAACUUCACUGUCACAAUGGUUUACCCUGAUCCUUGGUGCAUGCCUCGUCUUUUUACUGCUGAAAUUGCUGCAUUCUAUGAGGCCUAUUAUGUUAGCAAAGGAGUAAAGAUCAUCAAAGGUACAGUAGCCGUUGGUUUCGACAUCAAUUCUGAUGAGGACGUGAAAUCAGUCAAGCUGAAAGAUGGAAGAGUGCUUGACGCUGAUAUUGUUGUUGUGGGCGUUGGCGGAAGACCUCUUACAACGCUUUUUAAAGGUCAGGUAGAAGAGGAGAAAGGAGGAAUAAAGACUGAUGGUUAUUUCAAAACAAGUGUUCCCAAUGUGUAUGCUGUUGGAGAUGUGGCCACAUUCCCAUUGAAGCUGUACAGAGAAAUGAGGAGGGUGGAGCAUGUUGACCAUGCAAGAAAAUCUGCAGAGCAAGCUGUGAAGGCAAUCAAAUCCACAGAAGCAAGCAAAACAUUGGAGGAAUAUGACUACCUACCAUACUUCUACUCUCGUUCAUUCGAUCUAUCAUGGCAAUUCUACGGCGAUAACACCGGCGAAACUGUUCUAUUCGGCAACAGUAAUCCAACUUCUCCAAACCCAAAAUUUGGUUCUUAUUGGAUCAAAGAUGGUAAGGUGGUUGGAGCCUUCCUGGAAUCUGGCACUCCUGAAGAGAACAAUGCAAUGUCUAGGGUUGCUAGUGUUCAGCCAUCAGUGCUGGAUCUGGAGCGGCUUCAGACACAAGGUUUGCAUUUUGCCUUUCAUAUUUGAAUUAAUCUUUAUCUUUAUUUCAAUCCACUCUCUUAUAUUAACUUAUAUUCAUCUGAAUUGCUUUCAAUCAUGUAUUUAUUUUUGGGGGAUUUACAUAGAAAUGUAAAAAAGUAAAAUUUAGGUGUUAGAUAUGUAAAUACAUAACAAUUGUAUGGUAUGUAUGCAAAUACUGCUUUAUUUCUUCACUUAUCACGAACUAUCACCAGAACAAGCAGCAUUAAAGAACAAUACUCAGUGCCACAAAGGGUCUAUUUAGGUCAGUUUGUGCAUUUUAAGAUAAACAGCCUAUCCUUAAACGUGACCUACCCGGCAGACAACGUUUUCAAAAACACGCAAACCAAACGAUUAGAUAGUAUUUUCAAAAAUGUCGCCGCACUUAUAAGCUACCCCAAACGGGCCGAGGAAUUUACAUAAACAUUUGCAUAUAUAACCCUUAAAACUGACUCAAUUUGAAAUCGAACAAAGAUAUAUCAUUAUUAUAGCCAUAUAAAAGAUAUGAUAUUCACAACUGAUUCUCUAUUCACCUAAAUAAAACAUUACAAUUUAAUGAAUUUUAAAAGCCUAUAUGAUGAACGAUACAAAGAAGAUUUACAUAUAUGCCGUCUUACAUAUGCAUGAAAGGUGUAUUUAAAAGAUUAGGAUGGUAUGAAUGUAAAAAUAAAUAAAUAAAUAAAAUUUAAAAGUUAGACAUGUAAACACAUGGCGAUUGGGUUGUACAUAUGUGAAUGCCCCUAGAAGGAAUAGCGGUAAGAUUUAUCAAAUAUAUGCAACUUAUUUAUAAAAUACAUAAUCUUUUUAUUAAAAAA